AUGAUGUGUUGGCGCGUCUUUGAGGUGCGGGAGAGCCAGGCGUCUGGAUGAGGAGAGCCUCGAUCAUCACAUGUGUUUUUAAAGAUGAUACCCGAUGAACUGCCGCAGUAUCACACCUUACAUCCUGUAUGAGACGAUCCACAAGGAUCGAGGGGUUGGGAAAUAAACGUGAAAUUAAGGUGAGUUGGAGGAGGCUGCCUGCGACAUACGUCCCCUUCUCCAGAGACUUCUUCUAUACCAUGAGCUCUGGCUCUACCCAGGAUGUGGCAGUCGAGCAUUUCCUGCGUGACAUAGAGAGGCGAAGCAAGCGGCUACACUGCGCUGUGAGAGGCUGCGAGGAGGAGCGACCCCGCAGCGACAUGAACCUGCUGUAUCGUAAGAGCCGUUUGGACUGGAGGCAGAGGGACCAAGAGGGAAGUAAAAAGAGCUCCAACCAAAAUGACCCUUCAGCCACUGUUGGCAAAGUCAGAGACUUGGCUUCUUUCCGCCGGCACUUCCGGAUGGGUUUCAUGACCAUGCCGGCCUCCCAGGACCUGUCCCCUCACUCUUGUGCCUCGGCCAUGGCGCCGCGCUCGCAGUCCUGUCAUGCUGUAGGUGCCGGGGAUACAAGUCUGGAGAACGGAGAUUACUCUGACACCCAAUCCCAACAUGGUGGCCGUUGCCCCCCAGCCAAACCCAAACGUCACCCCAGCACUCGCCUCAGCUCCUCAUCCAGUGACAGCAGAGGACUUAUUGAUACGCCACCACCUCUUGCGUCCUCCCACUCACAGGCCAAACACUCAGAGAAGAAAAAUGCCAUGAAGAAGUCUGACUCUGGAGAGAUUGGAGGAAAGAAGGUGCCUCCUUUAAAGCCCAAGAGAAGUCCCAGCACGCAGCUUUCCUUUGACCCUCUUCCUCCACGUGUGCCUCCUUCUGCCACAUCCUUGCCGUUCCAGGCAGCAGACUCUCAGAUUCAGACAGGAGAUGGGGAGGAUGAGCCAGUCUAUAUAGAGAUGGUGGGCCAAGUGUUCACCAGAGACAGCCAGAUGGCCACUCCCCACCCUGUCACCCCUGUGGCCACCACGCCUGACUCUGACUCAGACCAGAGUGAGGCCAUCUAUGAGGAGAUGAAAUACCCACUGCAAGAGGACAGAGAGUCCCAGAGACACCUCCCUUCCAAACAUGAGAAACUGAAAACCUCUAAACACUUCCAUGUCACCCCUUCCUCCUCCAGCAGCUCCUCGUCUCUGCCACGCCCCUCCUCUUCCUCUCCUUCCUACUCCAAACCAAAAGCUACUGUCUCAAUCUCCCAUUCGUCUCCUCUGCCUUCCUCUGCAUCCUCCACCCCUGUCCCCCAGGUCCUCUCAACCAGUCCACACACUCCACGAGCGCCUACUCCCUACCUGCUGCAAGGAAGUAAAUCUGAGGCAGAGUCCAACACAAAGAUCCCAGCCCCGUUUCCCAAUCUUCUACAACACCGGCCCCCACUGCUUGCCUUCCCUCAGCCAGCAGCAGCCUCCAGCGGGGUCGGUGUGCAAAACAAGUCUACUUCUGCUAAAAUGGGAACUCAAACAUCCAGCGUGACUACUCAAGCCAGCACCUCCUCCUCAACUACUUCGAAUGUUCCCUCGUCGCUGUCAGGCUCCAAGGAGUCAUCAGGUGGAAGUGCAUCCCAGCAGGACAAACACAGCAGAGAGGCUCAGUUAGGCCCUGCCCCCGGACUGAGAGCCAGAAGCCACUCCACACCACUGCCUCCCUCCUCCAAAUCCACCUCCCCUUUCUCCCAUCACCACCACCACCCUCACCAUCGUCCCUCGCACUACCAUCACUAUCGCAAGCCAGAGAGAGGAGACUCUCCCGCUCCAAUCAAGGGCAGUUCUCAGAACCAGGCCACAGUCCAGACCCAAACCUCAAGUACAGGCAAGGAAGGCAAGUCUGUUAGCUUCCUGUUGAAGUCGGAUAAAGGAGAGAGGGAUAAGGAUAGGGACAGAGACAGGGACAGAGACAAGGAUAGGGACAGGGACAGAGACAAGGAUAGGGACAGGGACAGGGAUAGAGAUAGAGAAAGGGACAGGGGUAGAGAAAGGGACAGGGAAAGAGACAAGGACAAAGACAGGGACAGAGAUAGGGAUAAAGACAGGGACAGGGACAGAGAAAGAGACAGGGAUAGGGAUGGAGGGCCAUACUCCUUACAGAUGGAUCACGCUCCCUCCACAUCUCAAAGCAGCACCAGCUCAACCCCUACGCCAUUAUCUUCAUCCCAGCGUCCUCAUUCUCGCCCCCAUCUUCGCUCUCACACUCCUCACAGCCUGCCAGCAUACAAGCCUCCCUCCUCGGACAGCCCCCUGCUGUGGACCUACCCCUCCGGUGGCUUCCGGAGACCGCCGGCUUACGAGAGCCUGAGAGGAAGCGCUCCGACGCCGUCUCUGCAACAGCCCUCAAGUCUUACUGGUGUAGGUGAGGGGGCAUUCAAAAGCAACGGAGGGUCUUCAUCCCUCCAAUCAAAAGUUGGGUUCAUGCCCUGGGACAGCAGUGCCAGUUUAGCUGCAGAUGAGGGAUCUUACUGGCCUAUGCAAAGGAAAUUGUCCUUCAGCCAUGGGAGCAGAGAGACAGAGAAGGACGAAGGCCGUGCGUGGAAUGGCAGUGCUGAUGCCCUAUUAAGGAUGGAUAAGGAGGACCUCUGCAUGGGGUCUCGAGGAGGCCACUCAGGCAUCCCAGUCCACUUUAGUGGUGCCACCAGCAGGGCGCUUGGUCACAGUGAGUCCUUGGCUGGUGUGGAUAGCAGCCCAGGUUUCAGAGCCCUGCCCAGAGUUGGUCUGCCUCUUCCCUGCCAGACUUUCCCUGCCUGUCGCAAUGGAGAAGUGGGGCGGCUGGGCCGCUCCUCCUCUGCUGCUGGAGUGAGACAGGUGGGUGGAGGAGACGUCCAGAGACAGAGCAGCCUACCAGCACGAGAAGCCCUGAAUCAGCUGCAUGGUCUGGCCCAGCCUCAAGUGCCCUGCAGUCCCAGCAGUCCCAGUGUGUCUCGGCAGCAGCAGCAACUUCAGCUCCACCAGCAGCAGCUGCAGUUAAAGCAGCAGCUCCAGCAGCUCCAGCAACAGCACCACCUGCAGUUGCAGUUCCAGCAGCUCGCCCAGCUGGCACAAGGACAGCCUCCUGUCAGCGGGGGCACCACCCUAUCCGCAACGCAAAGCCAGAGAGACGGCAAGCUGCUGGAAGUCAUUGAGCGUAAACGCUGCCUGUGCAAAGAGAUCAAGGCCCACAGGCGCCCUGACAAAAGCCUGUGCAAGCAGGACAGCAUGCCCAUCCUCCCUAGCUGGAGACGGACACCUGAGCCUCGUAAGACUGGCACGCCACCCUGCCAGAGGCCACAGGCCGUUGUGUGGGACACAGCUAUCUGAGGUGGAAAGACAGGCCAGAAACUAAACACACAGAUGAAUUGAAGAUGGUUGGACAAUUAAUAAGAGCGGCGAGUCAAAUGGGUUUAGUAACUGCACAGAGGAAUGAGAGAAUGUUGCUCUUAUUGUGUGAUAAACUAUUCUGAGAACAGUAAUGAAGGUUAUUGUAGACUUUGAACUCAUUUGGGGGAAAAAACAAAAAAAAGGCUGAUAAAAGAGGUGAAGAAAGGAAGUAUUACAAUCAGACUAAACUAAUCUCUGACCCGGGUGAUUUGUACUUGCUCUGUACUAUGUCCUUCUUGAUGUGUUCUAAUUGCCAAUGAUUUUUGCCACAAAAUGCCAGUAUUAUUGCCACAAAUAGAAGACAACAACUUAAUAAUAGGUGGAAUGUUUUCUUAGAUUGGUGUUGCCAAAUUUUCUCCUGACUACUUGAGACAUAGGCUAAAGGAAUCAUAUAUUUUCUCCCACACAGUUGUCCAACUUGCAUAGAAACUACUCUGUGGAUGAGAAAAGGCGAGAUUCAUUGAUAAGUUAUUGAAGCGUUUGUUGAAAUCGUGAAUGCAUAUGAGAUGUCUUGGUAACAAUAGAUUGUCAUUGUGGAUGCAAAUAAUCAUCACUGAGGAGUCAAAGCUACCUACUGUAUCUGUUUGCAUAUUUGUAAUGUAAAUCUAUUUACUUUCUCAACGUUUCUGCAAUUUUAUAGCAAUAUGCUCCCGACGCUGGAGCAACAUAAUUAAAAACUUGUGUCAACUAGCCUAACAUACAUAUCUAAGACUUGAAUAAGUCAUAUUUACUGUGUCAUUCUCUGCAUGUCACGAUAGACAUACAGUAUUGUAAAAGAAAAUGUGUAGAGAUGAUCAUGUCAGACUUUUACAUACAGCAGAUCUUCACUAUGAUAACGUCAUGUAAAAAGAUGAAUAUAUCGCUUGGGGUAUCGUUAGAAAGGGUGGUGCAACAGAUGGCACAUACUGUGCAGUCCAGCCAAAUAUGACACAGAUCAAUGGUACAAAAAACUUCAUCAUUCAUGCUUAUCCACAGUUGCACAUUAGUGAUUGUUCCACCACAAAGAAAAACGAGCACUGACACCCAUCAACACAGACUGUACAAUAUGGUGCAACUGAUAAGACUGUGAGUAUUGAUCACCUCAAACAGAAUGCUGGAACAAUCUGCACAAAACAUGGUAUACGCUUAGGAGAAAUUAAACCCUAAUGUACUGUAAAUAGAUAUGUACAACUGUAUUGAAAAUGUAGCAAUUAUUUCCAUUUUCAUACUUGUAAUCAAUACAUAUUAUGUAGCAUAUACUGUAUAAACAUAACUUUGUUCACUUGUUUUUUCUAAAAGAAUGAAGUACUUUAUCUGCUGCAGCCAGUCCAUGCAUUACUUUUAGUUCUACUAAUAAACAGUAAGCCCUCUAAAGAGGGGCGCGGUCCAACAGUUGUUUAUUUAAAUGUAUGCAAGACUCCCUUUAAGCUGUGUUAUUGUUUUAUUUAUACCCUUUUUUCUACAUUCAUUUUUAUUUGUGUACAGAUUUCAACAGCUCGUUGUCUUGACAUUUUGAAUACUUUGCUGCUAUCUUGAACUACUGGUGUUGUUCAUUCAACUACAUAGUGUUGCCAUGAGAAACAAUAUUAAUAUAGUGGUUAUUGUUACAUAUUUGCUUUAUUUCUGAAAGCCACAUGAAAUGAAGUUUGUACUUUGAAGAGUGAGCCUUUCUGUAUUAGUAUUAAGGCAAUUGAAUGUCUCUUGGUUGUUGUCUUUUUAUGAUAGUUAGCACCAAGCUGUACAGUACAGUACACUUACCCAGUGAAAAGAAGACCUAUCUAAAUGUUUGAGAGUCACUGCUUGGCCUUUUGUUUUAGUUCCCACCUGCUCGUGUUUGAGGGUCCAGGGUUUCAAGCUUACGAAGUCCACUUUGCAAACAAGCACAGAUCAGGUUGAAGAUAAUGGGAAAGUGCAAUGCAUGCAGAGAUUCCUUACACCGAAAAUGUCCCAGUGAUACUAAAUAUUGUGCCCAAUUUAAUUCCAGAUACAAAGUAAAUCACCUUACUAGUCCUUUUCACAGGCUGAUAUGGAACCCUAGGUACCAUUUCCAAGAUAGUUUACAGAAACUGUUGGUUUUGUGUGUCUUCUAAAACAGUGGCCAUUAUACGAGUGCCAUACUAUAUUGAUAUGGUAAGAUACGGUGUACCUUGGAUAUCACUGUAGUGCUAUAUUUGCAUUGAUAUUGUCAUUAAAAUAAAUUUUAUAUAAUGAACUUUACACAACAAA